CGCGCCGCCGCCGCGCUGCCCCGGAACCACCCGUCCUCCGCGGAGGGCGGAAGCGCUGCGGCGGCUGCAGGGAGGGUCCGGCUCCCGCUCCCAGUGCUCGGCCUCGGCGCACCCCACCAUGGGCACCCGCGACGACGAGUACGACUACCUCUUCAAAGUUGUACUUAUUGGAGACUCUGGAGUAGGCAAGAGCAACCUUUUGUCUCGAUUCACUCGCAAUGAGUUUAACUUGGAAAGCAAAAGUACCAUUGGAGUAGAGUUUGCAACAAGAAGCAUUCAAGUUGAUGGGAAGACAAUAAAGGCUCAGAUAUGGGACACGGCAGGGCAGGAGCGAUACCGAGCUAUAACAUCAGCGUACUAUCGCGGAGCUGUAGGGGCAUUAUUGGUGUAUGACAUUGCUAAGCAUCUUACUUACGAGAAUGUAGAGCGAUGGUUGAAAGAGCUGAGAGACCAUGCUGACAGCAAUAUUGUGAUCAUGCUUGUGGGGAACAAGAGUGACUUGCGCCACCUGAGAGCGGUCCCUACAGAUGAGGCCAGAGCUUUUGCAGAGAAGAAUGGUUUGUCAUUUAUUGAGACAUCUGCUUUAGACUCUACAAAUGUGGAAGCAGCUUUCCAGACUAUUCUGACAGAGAUCUAUCGUAUUGUUUCCCAGAAGCAAAUGUCUGACAGACGUGAAAACGAUAUGUCUCCAAGCAACAACGUGGUUCCCAUUCACGUCCCUCCAACCACUGAAAACAAACCAAAGAUGCAGUGCUGUCAGAAUAUAUAGAAUUGUUCAUUCUUUCCUAAAAGGCUGUGUAUAUUCCCCAGGUCCGAGAUUUAAAUAUAUUUGUAAUUCUUGUGGUUACUUUCUUGUUUUUAGUUUCUGCUUAUUUCAUCUGAAUUUUUCCAUGUCUUAAACACUUUGAUUUCAGUGUUAAUGAAUCUAUUACUUCUAUGUGGCUGCAGUAUUUUUCCAACACUGACUUGUCGGUUUUGGUUCAGUAAAUUGUUUGGAACUGAACUGAUCUCUUUCCAACGUGAUGCCUGCUAGUCAGAGCACAGACACCUUUAGUGAGCACUUGAAGACGUUAUUCUGCUCCUCGCAAAACAGUUACUGUUGGUUGAACUAGGAAAAUAUCUCUGGGCAGGAUAAUCUUUCCUUGUCUUAAGGUGUUGUAUACUGCAUCUAAAGCUUGAUGAAAUGCCCAUUGCUCUGAAGUGCAAUUUUAAUGUAAGUUAAAUGUUUUUGGCUAUAUCUUCAGAUUGUCAAGUUAAGGAUUUUUUUUUUUUAUGGAAUAUUAUGGGGGAGAAAAAGAAUUUCUUGUGAACAUAGCAGCAGGGUUCUUGCUACCUGUGAAGGAGCUGUUGUGGUUUGGCACCUGCUGCAGAGGUUGUAAUGUGAGGCAGAGCUGCUGGGAGGCUGGCCAGGGAGACGCUGGUGGCACUCCCACUGAGGUGCCUCUUGUGCAUGAAGAAAAGCACGAGCAGUCUUAACUGAUGAAGGGUCACUCCAACACUGGAACUUGCAGCGUGUUUUUGUGCUGCCCGAGACUUGGCCCCCGCAGUGCUGGUGGUAUCAGGAUUUGAAGAUGCCUUUUUUCUUUCAUGGUCCACAGACUUGAAGGGUGUUGUCACGUAUUACAUGCUUAUUCAAAUGCUUGAGUUGAUGAAUCAAUAACUUCCACAACCUCGUCUUAGUCUCCAGUUCUGUUUCAUCCAGGAUUUUUAAACUAUUCCAGUGGUUUGUUAUAUGUUCCUUAAGAGAAACAUCUGGAGUAGUUUUCUUACUGGAUGCGUUCCCUCUGUGGACUGUUGCUCAGUACAAAUCAUCUGUUCGAUUUGCUUGUUCAGGGAUACAUGAACUGUGCCUUCUGUCACUGCGCUCACUGCAUAUCGCUCACUGCAUAUCACUCGCUGUGUGCUAUUCCGAAACGCAUCGUUAGUACUGAGAUUUAGGGGCUAUAGGUGCUGAAUUUCUACAGUAUUUAAAAGAGCUGUUUGUUGUAUAAAUGGCUGCAGUUAUUUAUACAAUUACAGGGAACUAAUUGCUUGUAGGGGAAGUUUCUCAAACUCUGAUAUGACCCACUUGGAACAUCCAAAUCUGGGUAGGCACUACCAGCUGCGUUUCAUACCCAACCUUUCUGUCUUGCGGUGCUCAUGAUGUGUAAGGCACACAGAAGGCAUUGCUGUAGUCGGUCACUUGUUUUUUGUGUUUGUUUGUUUUUUUUUUAAAUCCAUUUCUCCUCCUGGUAUUAGUUCUGAAGAUGCUAUUUUGAUCUGUUUGUAAAUUACUUUGUAUUUUAUGCAUGUACUGUACCUUGAUUCAUUAUUUUUUUAGAUUGAUUUAAAAUCUAUUCAUCCAUGAUUCUAAUAAAGAAUUACAGGGGACAACUCA